UAGACCGGAUAUAAGUAGUAUUUUGGGGAAACGUUUAACUUGUCUUCUGCAGGUGUUAAGAGUGGAACAACACCCGACAGCAGCUGUGAUGGCAGAAAGUGUAAAAUCUAUCCUGGGGGGAAGAAGAAGAAGAGACAGUAAGGAUGAACCUCCAGACCUGUCAGACCUGAGGAUGGUUCUGCUCGGAAAAACUGGAGCAGGAAAAAGCUCCAUUGGAAACACCAUACUGGGAAGAGACGCCUUCAGUGAAGCUGUCAGUCACUAUUCAGUCACCAGACAGUGCUGUAAGCAGACAGGUGAAGUGUUCGGCAGACAGGUGACCGUCGUCGACACUCCAGGACUCUUUGACACUUCUGAGGCUGAACACACCGUGAAGAGAGAGAUCUCCAAAUGCAUCAACAUGUCGGCCCCGGGGCCCCACGCCAUCCUGCUGGUCAUCAAGCUGGGGCCCUUCACAGCAGAGGAAAGAGACGCCGUCAAGAAGGUGGAGGAGAUCUUUGGGGAGGACGCCUGGAAGUACACCAUCAUCCUCUUCACACACGGAGACAGAGUCACGUCAGAUUUCAGACCGCUGCAGGAGGCGGGACCUGAGCUGCAGGAGGUCCUGAGGAAGGCAGGAAACAGGUAUCACAUCUUCAACAAUCUCAAACUCAACAAUCGUGGACAGGUCCUGGAUCUGCUGGAGAAGGUGGAGGAGAUGGUUGGUGCCAACGGAGGAGAGUUUUACUCCAACUACACCUACCAGGAGGUGGUGACGAUGCUGCGUCAGAGAGAGGCCGAGCUCAGAGAGUUCUACGAGAAGAAAGUGGAGGAAGAAAUCAAACGUGUGGAGUCAAAGUACCAGAAGAAGCUGAGUGAAGCUCAACAGGAGCGUCAGAAGGUGGAGGAGAGGCUGCAGGCUGAGCUGCAGGAGGUGAAGCGCUACUAUCGGGUUUUAGAGAGCCGAGUCCGUCAGGUUGUGGAGCAGAUGGUGCCAACUGACUCCUUCAGUGAAGUUCUCUCCCAGUUUAAUGAGACUCAGAGGCUAAAAUUCACUUCCUAACCCUAUGGGCCUGAACAAUGCAUAAUGCGUCCAAUUCACACCUGUUCUUCUCUCUGGAUUUUCUCUGCGACCGUUCGUCAUAGCGAGAAGCCACGCAUAUCACGUAAAAAAGCGGAACCGCAGCUUUCCCACAAGACCAGAGAACAGAGAAGUAAGGCAAGAUCAUGUCGACAAGAAAACGUACAGAAUUUUUUUUACUGCAAAGUGGCAAAUAUUAUCUUGGAGGACAUCAUUGCACUGGGUUGACUAUUUUUCUAUGAUCUUAGAUGUAAAUAUUGCAUGUUUCUUUCAGAUAAAACACAUUUUUGACUUGUGAAUGAGUCAAUGGAAUUUCUUGCAAUAAUGAAAAAAUACUGGCAAUCAUGUCCGCCUGGCACAAGCCACAUGUUUUGGACAACUGUGAAGUGACAGAGUGUCCCAGCAUCAUGGUUCUUAUAUUGCCAGAUUCCAGAGAGUCUCCCCUCUUCAUAUAUGGCAGAAUAUGUCAACUUCCAACUUGCUAUGGUGAGAUACAUGUAAAAAUGUAAGAAUUUAGUCACACAGAUUUGUUCUUUUCAUUGAUAUAAAAAUUAAUAUAAAAUACAGGCACAUAGAAGGACAUGGAAUGAUGGCAAAUCUGGAUAGCCCACACUGUCCUGAAACAAGAUAUAGCAUGUGUAUGUAGCCUUUAUAAUGACUGUGAUAUGAGCUUUAAAGUAAAGGCAGUAAAAAUACCCCAAAAACGCCUAGAGCCCAAAGGGUUAAAGCUGCUGCUGAUUAGUGCUAAUCUAAUCACAGUCGCGAUGUCAGGCUGUGCGAUGACAUAAUCACAUAAAAGGCUGCGAUUUGCGAUUUAAUGUAAUGUUAACGUGUGCGCCUGUGAACGUGACUGCCUCUCCUGUAGUGUGUGGAGUUUGUUGACAUCAAUCAAUCAGUCAAUCAAUCAAUCAAUCAAUUUUAUUUAUAAAGCCCAAUAUCACAAAUCACAAUUUGCCUCACAGGGCUUUACAGCAUGCGACAUCCCUCUGUCCUUAUGACCCUCACAGCUGAUCAGGAAAAACUCCCCAAAAAACCUUUAACAGGGAAAAACAUCACGCCCACAGGCUAUCCUGCUGUGUGCAGCACGUAUGGUCAUGUGACCAGCCGGCGUGCAGCAGUGACCAACACAGACGAUGAAGAAGAGCAUGAGCUCGACCAUGAACAGGCUGAGUUGGUGGCAAAAAAAAUGCAACAUCUAUCACAUGACGAUACUUUGGAUUUAGGUACAGCGACGUUGAACAGAAAGACGUGCUGUGUGGAAGUUUAAAAGUUAAAGUUGCCACGUCAACACAACCAAUCUGUAUCAGCACUUGAGACAGCACAGAGAGAAGUAGGAAGCAUGCAUGCAUGGGGCGUCAGUAGUAGUGGAUAGUGCCGGCGCCCCAUGUACAAUGGCAAUGCUUCGCCACAGCAGUCGCAGGUUCGACUCCGGCUUGCAGCUAUUUGCUGCAUGUCACCCCCCGCUCUCUCUCUCCCCCAUUUCACUCUAUCAUGUACAUUAAAGGCAAAAAGCCCGAAAAAAUAAUCUUUAAAAAAAAAAAAAGGAUGCAUGUGAGAGAAAGACGAGCCGUGUAACGUUAAAGACAAAGAGACAACUGAAGGACACCACAGCCUCAUAAAACAACAUCCAAGCACAGUUAAGCAAACAUGUGUAAGUGUCACAGGGAAAUCAUGGACUCCAUAACAAACUAUAUAACAAAUGAAAAAUUGAGCAACUUUGCUCGCUCCGCUGUGUGUACAGUGCCGUGCUGCGCUGCUGUGUGAGCAGCGUGUUUGACUGUGCUCAGUCUGUUGAUGAUCAUUAACACACUGUCUGUCCAUAACAAUAACUCUGUCAGGUCAGUGCCCGCUGAUAUAAUGUAGGGAAACACUAAGUCAAGCAACAAGACUCAUGAUACCCUUUAUUUAUUAUACUGUGAUCGCAAUCGCAAAUCGCGAUAAUGUCCACUCAAAUCGCAAUCGCACAUUUUUCUCAAAUCGUGCAGCACUGCUGCUGAUGCUUUCACUGUCCAACUUUGAUCAAGUUCUCUGGGAUUCAACAGGAGACAUUAAAUUUGGACUUUGGAAAUAUAUCUUGGUUCUUUUGUAUUCAUGUGAUGAACUGUGCACAGAAUUAAAAUCAGCAGGGAUUUUAAUACAGAAUAAAAGAAUAA